AUGAAUACGGUACAGACUCACUGGUUACCAUACGGCGAUCGAACAAUGACUGACCAUGCCUUCGUACCUGUAGAUACGAUCUACCUGCUGACAAUGGGUGCUAUCCUUGUAGCCGGCGGUGGUGCCUACUACUUAGCUAAGAAGUCCAUCAAUGCGGAUCGGGCUGCCAGAUAUGAAGCCGAGAUGAAGCGCAAGGCCCAGUUGGCCGCCGAAGAGGCAGAACAUCGACGAGCCCACGCUGCAUCGGGCGCGUCGACAUCGCCGUCAACGCCCUCCGUACCGAAGGAAACUCAGAAACCAUCUGAUUCACCAUUUCUGCAACGCGCCAACAACGCUUUCAGCGGCAAUGUUUCGAGGGAUGAUGUAGCCUCUCCAAGUACGGAGGCCGGCCAAGAUCCGGCACCCACCCGUCAUGAGCCCGACACGGACAAGGAGAAGUUGCUGGAGAAGUCCAAGUAUGAAGCUGCAGAAACGUUCCGACCGCCACGAGGAAACCGAUUCAGUUGA